AUGACCAGCAAGAAGUUUGAAAACCACUGUUGCAAAAAAUGGGAAACACAUCACAGCAAAGAGGAAGAAGUGUAUCAGGGAAAGCUGGUGGCAGAUGUCACCAAGUGCCUGGGUGUGAAGCACGUGGUGUUCAGCAGCCUGGAGAAUGUCAAGCGUUUGACCUGCGGGAAGUUGGCAGUUGAUCCCUUCGAUGGGAAGGCAGAGGUGGAGGAGUAUUUCUGGUCCAUUGGUGUUCCCAUGUCCAGCAUCCACUUGGCAGCUUACUUUGAAAACUUUCUCACUUUAUGGAAGCCCAAGAAAGCCUCUGAUGGAGAUUACUACACCUUGG